UGUUGCCGCUUUCCAGGUCACUUCACAUUUAUAAAUGCUCAGUCCUUCCUUCCCCUCUUGAAACGUCGAGUUUACUUCAUUUCAAUUUGAUUCAACAACAAUGACGUCUCUUGCACGUUACCUACUUCUCCCUCUGCUUCUCAACUUCGUCCUCUUCAUCAGCCACACUGUCAAAUGUGCCGAUGAGGAACAGAAUCUUCUGCAGCAAAUUAACAGUUACAGAGCAUCCUUAAAUUUGACAGCUCUAAAAGAGAAUGACAAAGCAAAGUGCCUUGCUGAUGGAAUGGCAGAUAAUUUCAAGGAUCAACCCUGUACAAACACCACAGGCGCCAAUACUGUUCCGGGCACCGAAUCACAGUUCUCUGACUAUCCCAACAUUCUAGCUAAAUGCCAUUUGAAUGUCACCACCACAAGGGAUGGGGCCAUAAUGCCUGCCUGUGUUCCCAAUCUUGAUCCUACUAUUGUUCUUGCCAAUUUCACGGAUACACAGUACGCAAACAACCUUAACGACACCAAAUUUACUGGAGUUGGAAUCGGUUCCAAAAAUGACUGGAUAGUUGUUGUUUUGACAACAGACACGCCAGAGGGAAGCUAUGUGACUGCUGAUAAUAAUUCACCCAAUUUUGCAAUGAAGCCAGGUAAAAGACAUCUAACAGCGAGUUGAAACCCCAAUCUAAAGGUCUUGAGGUUUUUUCAACUCAUAGGCAGAACCAUCAGAUCAAGACGUUGUUUGGUGAUGAACAGUAGGGUGGGAAUGGCCAAAAAGUAGGAGAAUGACUAGUGAAGUUCGGAAAUUAAAAGCUGAAACACCUGCUCUGUUUUUACCCCAUCCAGAUGCUAAGGAUGAGGUGUACUGGAUGGCUAGUGCAUCAGGAAAAUACAUUGUGCAGUCUGCUAUGAAACUACUUCAAAAUCCUGGAGCUCGUGUUAUUUGAUAUCAAUUAGUAUGGGGGAAGGGCUAUGUGCCAUGUUACUUUGUCAUUGUCUGGUUGCUUUGUCGGAAGAGAUUGACUACUAAGGAUAGGAUGAAGGCCUGGGGUAUAAACAUGGCAUCUGAUGCGUGUGACUUGUGUAAAGGUUCUCUGGAAACAAUGGAUCACUUGUUUUUUGAGUGCCCGGUUUCUAGAAUAGUGUGGCAGAAACUGAUAAAGCUAUGCCUGGUUCAGAGAGCACCAUUUCCAUGGCAACAAGAGCUGCAAUGAGUGUGUUCUCACUGGAAGUCCAACUCUUUUCCUGAUCAGGUGCGGAGACUUGCUCUUGCUGUUACAGUAUACUACUUGUGGAAAGCACGGAACCAGAGUAUAUUCCAAAAAACUCCUGAAGAUGCUACUAGACUUGUACAUAAUAUUUUGGAGGUUAUGAAGAGUACAAUUGCUGGAUGGAAGAAAAUCCCACAAAACAAAGAAAACUGGGAGUUAGUGAUGGAACUUGAACUUUCUCAAAGUUGCUUUAGAUGAAUUCUUUGUAUAAGCAUAGAGCAUUUUUAUGAUAUAUCUGAAUUUAAUUCCUUUGUACACUCUCUUUUCUGAUCAAUAGAAGGAUGAAAGUUUAAAUGAAAAAAAAAAAAGAACUUUUCUCACUGUGUCUGUAUUUUCCCAACUACGGGAAAAAAAUGAGGAAUAAUAUAAGUGAAUUAUUUGAAGUUA